AUGAAGUUUAUCUCCAUCCCAAUCGCCAUUGUCCUCUCUCUCGCUAUGCUUGCGGCCGCUGCGCCCGCGGAGCUAGACAAGAGGGCAUGUACCGUGAAGCAUUGCGCCGCCAAAGAUCCGAAAAAGUGCUGUCCCGAUAAAUAUGGAUACUGCAAUACCGAUACCGGUGAAUGCCACUGUGGAAAGGAUUGCUUCUAG